GUUCACAUGAACUUUCUCACCGCUUUCUUCUCUUCAUUGAACAAAAAAAAAAGCUCUUAACUUUUUUUUCUUCUUUAGGUAAAAUUUGACAAAAGCUCUCAACUUUCAAACUCUGUUUCUUCAUCAUCAUCAUCAUCACCAUGGACGCCCUGCUUCAAGUUUCAGUUGAUGGGUUUAGAUUUGAGAACGGAUCUGGAUCUUGCUGCAAACCCAGAAACAAUCUCGAAUCUGGGAACAAUCUCUUCCCUGAUUUCCACGAGUCUCAGAAUCAGUCUUCACCAAACGAUUCACCUCCAACGGUGUGUUUGGAUAACUCUCCUGUUCUGAAGUACAUCAAUGAUAUGUUGAUGGACGAAGAAGACUUCGUAGGUAUAUCUCGUGACGAUUUAGCUUUACAAGCCGCUGAGAGAUCCUUCUACGAGAUAAUUCAACAGCAAUCUCCAGAAUCUGAUCAGAACACUAGCUCCUCCUCCGAUCAAAACUCCGGUGACCAAGAUUUCUGUUUUCCCAGCACAACAACAGAUUCAUCAGCGUUGGUUUCGAGCGGAGAAUCACAGAGAAAGUACCGUCAUCGGAAUGAUGAAGAAGAUGAUCUUGAGAACAAUCGGAGAAACAAACAACCAGCGAUAUUUGUCUCGGAGAUGGAAGAGUUAGCAGUGAAGUUAGAACAUGUGUUGUUGGUAUGCAAAACGAACCAAGAAGAAGAAGAAGAAAGAACAGUAAUAACGAAACAGAGUACUCCAAACAGAGCAGGAAGAGCAAAAGGUUCAUCGAACAAAUCAAAGACGCACAAAACUAAUACCGUUGAUCUACGAAGUCUCUUGACGCAAUGUGCUCAAGCUGUAGCGAGCUUUGACCAGAGAAGAGCUACAGAUAAACUCAAGGAGAUAAGAGCACACUCUUCUAGCAAUGGAGAUGGAACACAAAGACUAGCUUUUUACUUUGCAGAGGCGCUUGAGGCACGUAUCACUGGAAACAUCUCACCGCCUGUUUCUAAUCCGUUUCCUUCAAGCACGACAUCGAUGGUGGACAUUUUGAAAGCGUACAAGCUGUUUGUUCAUACUUGUCCCAUCUAUGUAACUGAUUACUUCGCUGCGAACAAAUCGAUUUACGAACUUGCUAUGAAAGCAACUAAGCUUCACAUAGUUGAUUUUGGAGUUCUCUACGGCUUUCAAUGGCCUUGUUUGUUACGAGCUCUGUCUAAACGACCGGGCGGACCACCAAUGCUUCGGGUGACUGGAAUCGAGCUGCCACAAGCGGGUUUUCGUCCUUCAGACCGCGUUGAAGAGACUGGUCGAAGACUGAAAAGGUUCUGCGAUCAGUUUAAUGUUCCUUUUGAGUUCAACUUCAUAGCCAAAAAAUGGGAAACCAUCACUCUUGAUGAACUUAUGAUCAAUCCAGGAGAGACAACGGUCGUCAACUGCAUUCAUCGGUUACAAUACACUCCUGAUGAAACUGUGUCAUUAGACUCUCCAAGAGACACGGUUCUGAAGCUAUUCAGAGAUAUCAAUCCUGACCUCUUUGUGUUUGCAGAGAUUAACGGAAUGUACAACUCUCCUUUCUUCAUGACGAGGUUCCGAGAAGCGCUUUUUCAUUACUCUUCACUCUUUGACAUGUUUGACACCACAAUACACGCAGAGGAUGAGUACAAAAACAGGUCACUGUUGGAGAGAGAGUUACUUGUGAGAGACGCGAUGAGCGUGAUUUCCUGCGAGGGUGCAGAGCGGUUUGCGAGGCCUGAAACCUACAAGCAAUGGCGAGUUAGGAUUUUGAGAGCCGGGUUUAAGCCAGCAACUAUUAGCAAACAGAUCAUGAAGGAGGCUAAGGAAAUUGUGAGGAAACGUUACCAUAGAGAUUUUGUGAUCGAUAGCGAUAACAAUUGGAUGCUUCAAGGAUGGAAAGGAAGAGUCAUCUAUGCUUUUUCUUGCUGGAAACCUGCUGAGAAGUUCACAAACAAUAAUUUAAACAUCUGAAAAAUGUUACUUCUCAAUUACAUCAUUUUUGUUUCCCAAUGGUUUUGUAGAAUAUGUUUGAUCCCGUGAGUGGAUGCAACUCUUUUUUCCUGCAAGUACAUAUUGUAUUCAAAUCCUUGUGGAAAUGAUAAAUUGUUUAAUCAAAGAUCCG